GCUUGUAUGAUCCACAUCAAAAGAGCACGGCGAAAUCUCGCACGCAUGGACAAUAUUCCAGGAUAAUAAAAAAUACCGGACUUUAAAGGGACAGCUAGAUCUACAGAAGGGUUCAUACCCUGUUUCUAUUUGACAUAUUCUACAUUUUCUCACUAAAAGACGGGAGCUUCAGCCCACCUUGUUGAGCGUGUAUAUGUGUGUGUUUAUUCCCCGUUCUGGAUCACAAUGAUGCAAAGUGCUGCUGUUCUACCAACAGAGAGUCCUGUGAAGGGUGUACCCGAGAUACUCGGAGUGCCAAUGCAACAAAUCCCCCAGUGUGCGGGCUGUAGUCAACACAUCCUCGACAAGUUCAUCCUGAAGGUGCUGGACCGCCACUGGCAUUCCAAGUGCCUCAAGUGCGCAGACUGUCAAGCGUUGCUGGCAGACAAGUGUUUCUCGCGGGCAGGAAAUGUGUACUGCAAAGAGGACUUCUUCAAGCGGUUUGGAACAAAGUGUGCGUCGUGCCAACAGGGGAUCCCUCCGACUCAGGUGGUGCGGAAGGCCCAGGACUUUGUGUACCACCUGCACUGCUUCGCCUGCGUUAUGUGCAGCCGGCAGCUGGCCACUGGGGAUGAGUUCUACCUCAUGGAGGAUGGCAGGCUGGUGUGCAAGGAGGACUAUGAAACAGCCAAACAGAAUGAUGAUUCAGAGGCAGGGGCAAAGCGACCACGGACCACCAUCACAGCCAAACAGUUGGAGACCCUUAAAAUUGCCUACAAGAACUCUCCCAAGCCAGCGCGCCACGUCCGCGAGCAGCUCUCCUCAGAGACGGGACUGGACAUGAGAGUAGUGCAGGUGUGGUUCCAGAAUCGUCGUGCGAAAGAGAAGCGCCUGAAGAAGGACGCAGGGCGGCACCGCUGGGGCCAGUUCUACAAAAGCGUCAAACGUAACCGAGGGGGCAACAAAGCAGAGAAGGAGAGUUCAACAGACGAUGCGGGACUGAGUGACAGUGAGCUCAGCUUCAGAGAUGACCAGAUCCUGUCAGACCUGGGUCACACCAACGGCCUGUAUGGGAGUGUGGGCGACGGGGGAGUGUUGAACGGAGGCUUCUCUCUGGACGCUGCUGGACAGCCCUAUCAUGACAUUCGGACGGGCAGUCCCUAUGGUCUCCCCCAGUCGCCCUCGUCCAUCGCCUCACUGCCCGGCCACACCCCGCUGCUCAACAACCUGGGCUUCACCAUGGACAGCAUCAUAGCCCAUGGGGGGCAGGGAGGCGUGGGGCAGGCUCUCAGGUCCAUGGCAGGAGGCCCCACCUCUGACCUCUCCACAGGAAGCAGCACGGGCUACCCAGACUUCCCCACCAGCCCUGCAUCAUGGCUGGAUGAGAUGGACCACUCCCAGUUCUGAGCUCCACCUUGAACACAGCAGAUUGACUGUGGAACAGAGACAGACGAAGCAGGCUUUUUACAUUUCUAUUUCCCUGAAACUGAUAUUGCUUGUUGUCCAAUAAUGGUUGUGGAAGUAGUAGGUAUGCCGGACAGGCUACACUUCAGCUACCCUCCCACCACAUUAGAGUAAAGGAUGUCUGGAGACCCACCAGUGACCUGAGCAGAGCAGUGACGCCACACAGAACAGAAUGGCAGGACAAAACACUACUGAAUGUUGAACUUACACUGUAUUAUCAUUUUUUUAUGGAUAGAUUUGAUUCCAUUCUCUAAAAAAACUGGAUUUGACAUUUCCAGCAUGAGUUCCUGCAUUGGGAUGAUGUUUGUCAUUAAACCCUGAGGCAAGCCCAAACAGGCAUCAGCAAUGUUAGGGCCACAAUCUAAACGGAAUCCCUAAAAAAAAGAAGCUUCCUGCAUGCUUCUGAAUGAGGAGGAUCAAUGUUCAUAUUAAAGCCUUUUACAUUGGCAAUGCACUUUACACUUCUCCUCGUUUGUACAUGGACAGCAACAAACAGAAGAGAGAUGAAUGCACAAUGCAACCCAGCAGUGUUUCAUUUGAGAACUGGUUUCAAACAGUGACACAAGUCUAAUUUUACAAUGCAAAGUUUUUUUUUAAAUGUAAUACUGAAACUAACAACACUGGGGUUUUAGGAAUGACUAGAUGUUGGUCUAUACAGUGUGGGAGCCACAGAUUAUUAUGUGUAUGUGAGGAGGAAGUCGCUUUCUUCAAACUCUUUCUCUUCUGUAAUGUUCUUCUCUGUGAUUUAUCUGUAGUCCUGGGGGUACACUUUUGUCAGUAUUUAUUUCUCUGUUGUUCUUACUCCAAGAAUAUGCUCUCUGCUAGAAAUCGUCAUGACCCAAUGACUGUAGGAUAGAAAGAAGUGCAAAGGCAACCCAACAACAAUGUGGAAAUUCACAUUUGAUAUCCUCUUUUAUUGGUGCAGCUGACAACAUCUUAACUAAUUAUGACAGAUACAGGAACAGAACAAUCAUUUUACUAAAUGUUUCAUUAAUGCAGUAUAUUUAUUUAUAUGAGAAAACACACACCAACCUAAUCUUGACUAAGGAACAUUCACUGUUAAUGCUGAAAAGUCAUAAACAGCCAUCCUGGCUCCAGUAUCUUUGGCUGUUUAGAAGCUGCUCUUCUCUGUCAACAGAUGUAAUAUCACCCAUCAAAGUCUACUGAACAAAAAAUAAAUGUAAAGUGUUGGUCCCAUGUUUCAUGAGCUGAAUUAAAAGAUCCCAGAAAUGUUCCAUAUGCGCAAAAACCUUAUUUCUCUCAUAUUUUGUGCACAAAUGUGUU